AUGGCGACUGCAGAUACCCCAAAUCAAGACACUGAUGUGCACACACUCUCCGAGCAAGACGAGAACCCACCUCAUGUGAUUUUAACCGGUAGCUGCGACCAGCCGGAGUACGUCCGAUUGCUUGAAGAGCGACUACUGCAGUUAGAGAAUAAGAUUGAGAAUCUAAUGGCGGGAAAGACUAAUCCUAGCGAGGCUGAAGAGAACAAAUCAGAGCACGGAAGCCCAAGCAGCAAUCGAGGCGAUAGCGACGAAUCAGAAGAGAAAAAAGCGGAGGAAGAAGAAAAAAACCCAGGAACAAUAGAUGAAGAAAAGCAAGACGAUGAGGAGAAGAAAGAGGUUGAGCGAUCCAUCAUCGCCAAGGCGCACAAACUCAACCUCAUCAAUUUCACGAAUCGGUUUCCCAACCAGACCGAAAUUCCGGUAGUUGAGGCGCUGAUGGUGGACACUACAGUUAGUGCAGCAUACGAGGAAGAUAGUGUGUUCACACAGAAACUAUCAAACAGCAGUGCGCCUGAUGCGCUGAAGGCGAUGCAAGCAAAAACAGAAACCAACCCUUUCAAGCCGGAUGCAUGGAUGGCAAGGCUUCGCGUCAAUUCGGUCCCCCUCGUUAAGGAGAUUAUGAAUAUUCUCAGCCCGGAACAAGAAUUCAGCACCUCGUUGACUUUUUGCUAUCCUUUCCCACCGUUGGUCCAGCAUCAUGACCAAAUUAAAGCCAGAUUCGAGAAGAUACAGGCGGAUUCUGUGAUAGAGAAGGAGGAGACCGAAGCUGGUUCUGAUGAAGAAAUUAAGCAACUGGUCAGCGAAUUUCAAACUUACAUUGGAUUUAUGGAGAGCGAGGUGAUUCCCCACGAUCCCAGCACACAUAAUAAGGUCAGAUAUCCGGCUUUGUCGGCAAUCUUCAAGUUAGGAGACAGCAUUUACGUGCCCGGCGCAGGCAAGUCAUCUAAGCCCAACCCGGAGAUGCUGGGACAACGCGACGAUCAACGGCUCUGGCGACUGUAUCGUACCGAGGAAGAUGUAGAUCAGGACAAAGGCAAUUUCAAGAUCAAGUGCUAUGCCAUGGAUCAUGAUGGCGAGUCCUAUGUCUGCAUAAGAACGACUUUCCGGAUCCCAGCAUUUGUUGGGGAGCAGGAGAUCUCGAGCUUGCCAGUGUUUCCUCUCCGAUACGCAGAAAAUGCAGAGCAAAUUCAGAAAGAGUGCCGAAAACAAGGGGAGACUUUCUUGGACUACUUGGAAACAAAGCUGUUAACCCACAAUGGCUGGGCGUUAGACCCGGACCCAGAUGAGUCGCAUUCGCCAUUGCAAUAUGUUACUAGUGAUGUCGUGGUUGACAUGGCUGAAGCUCUUAAGGCUCAUCCAAAUUGGAAGCCGCACUGGAAAUUUCCGAAGGUAAAGCCGAGAGAGCGUUCGCUGAAUACCUAUUCUAUCUUCUCCUGGACUGCCACCGAGAAAGACAAUGCUACACAUGAUACUGUAGAGGAGAACUUUUGGCAGCAUGAAUAUGCUCGCAUGCAAAAGACCGAGUAUUGCACCAAAGCAGACCCUUUCUUAUCAAGCUGGAACAACGAGCAAGGAAAGACCUACAACCCACGUGAAGGGGACCUGGAGCUCCUUCCACGCAGGCUGUUCUCUUACGUUUUGCAAGACCGAAGAUUCGUCGCUGUGGAUAUCCGGAGUCUGAACCACGUCGACGAUCACUGGACUCGGUCUGCCAGUUUGAUCAUUGACAAGGAUCAUGAGGAUAUGCUUCGUGCGCUCGUCAAUUCCCAUUUCAAAAGGAAGGAUCUCCACGACUCACUGGGAGUGUACGGCAUUAAUCAAGACAUCAUCUCGAAUAAAGGGAGAGGGCUGAUCAUCUUGCUGUAUGGCGUGCCUGGGGUAGGAAAGACAUCGACGGCGGAGAAUAUUGCGCAUUUGUGGAAGAAACCGCUUCUUCCAAUCACUUGUGGUGAUUUGGGAACUCUGCCUAGUGAUGUGGAAAAGAACCUGAAAGACAUCUUCCGACUGGCACAGCUCUGGGGUUGUAUUCUCCUCCUUGAUGAAGCGGACGUUUUUCUGUCCGAGAGGACCCCGGCAGCACUGGAAAGGAAUGCUCUGGUUUCGGUCUUUCUUCGCAUGUUAGAAUACUACACUGGUAUACUCUUUCUUACUACCAACCUACCUGGAAGUAUCGAUGAGGCGUUCAAGUCGCGAAUCCAUAUCAGCCUUUACUACCCACACCUCAGCAAAGAGACUACCUUGAAGAUAUGGGACAUGAACCUGAUGCGCCUGGCAGGUAUCGAAGCAGAACGCGCUAAAGCGAAACAGCAACCGCCACUUACAAUUGACGUCAAAGGAAUCAAACGGUUUGCGAAAAGACACUACCGUUUUAAUGAAGAUGGAAAAGGCCGCUGGAAUGGGCGGCAGAUCCGCAAUGCCUUUCUCAUUGCCUCGGCUUUGGCUCAUUUUGAGAAAGAUAACCCGACGGCCAGCCGGAUCGUAGCAGAUGACGCUUCUGCGGAUGCUAUCUUCGAUAUCAAGCCGAAGCAUUUCGAGGUGGUAGCGGAUGCUAGCAUGGGCUUUGAGCGAUACUUACUGGAGACCAGAGGCCGAACAGCCGGAGAGAAUGCCUAUCAACGCGGGCUUAGGGCAGACCAUAUACGCUCAUCGCCGGAGAAACUCGGGGAGAUGCCCUACAUGCCACACCAAAGCAGCCAGAAGCAUUCUGAUAACGUUUAUGGCGACCCAUUCCCCUCUGGGACGAAGAAGUCCCGUGCCAGCUCAGGUCUUUAUCGCGGUGACCACGACCACGACCAACGACGGCAUUUGAAUGAAACUCAGUAUGAUGAGUCCUACGGCUAUCAAGGGAUGUUUUCCUCGGAUCAGCAAUUCGGUGUCCAGCACCAGGCCCAAAGGACAAGGACCAGUGUCAGCAGGGGCACUGCACUACCGCCUAUGAACCUGAGUCCUCAAGACUCACCGUCACCUUUCAGUACAAGCAAGCAGGCUUCUCACAAAGGCCAUUCUUCUAGGUUUCCUGCCGUUAACGAGGACAGCGAAACAGACGAUGACUCGGAUCAAUGA